AUGGAGAUUUAUGGGGUAAUUACAGGUGGGGGCUUCCAUCACUAUCAAAUGUCACCUUUCAAUGGUGCCGUCAAUGGAGGAGAGCUGCAGCAGCAGCAGCGGCAAGAAGAGGAGGAAAGGGGAUCACCAUCGGCGGCGACAGCAGCUGCCGGAGCAGAUGAGCGGGAUGGCAGCGGCGGGCAUCACCGGCAUCAUCGACCCGGAUGUUCUCGACUGCACCAUCUGCUUCGACCCCCUCUGGCCUCCAGUGUUCCAGUGCGCCGUCGGGCAUGUGAUCUGCUCAUCCUGCCACAGCAACCUCCCCAACAAGGACAAGUGCCACACGUGCUCCCACAUGCAAUUGACAAAAUCCUGGAGUCAUUCCACGUCCCUUGCGCCAAUGCCGCCUAUGGGUGCACCACCAAGACGCACUACCACAAGGUGGAGGAGCACCACAAGUCAUGCACGCAUGCGCCAUGCUUCUGCCCGGAACCGGGCUGCGGUUUCAAUGGUGGCUCUACCGUCAAGCUGUUGGAUCAUCUCACUGGCGGUCACAUAUGGUCAUCCACCGAGCUGGAGUACAAUGUUAAGCUCACCCUGCACGUGAAAGAAGGGGUGCAGGUUCUCCACAGCCGAGACGGCGGCCCGUUUUUCCUGGUGAAGUUCACUCCAGUGCCACCUUAUGGCAAUGCAGCCUCCGUGUCGAUCCUGAUGCCGCCGCCACCACGGAGAAGGGGCGCAAGUUCAGGUGCCAACUUGGCUCGAGUAACGUCGACAUGGAUUGGGAGCAAUAUUCGCGUUUCCAGGUCAGCAGCACCACCCUCUCCGACGGGUGGCCACCGACAGAGGACGGCGGUUCCCUAUAUGUUGCCCCCAGCACCGAGAGCAUCACUGUCAGUAUCACAAAGAUAAUGCGCGACAUGCGUGGGAACGAGAUCCAGCUGACGCCCAUCCGUAUGAGACAAAGUACGCUUCGUCAGUGCUUUGAAUCCCGUGGUUCAUGUUAGAUGAUCAGUGCUUUGUAUCACUUUCAGUCGAGGCCCCUCUACUACUUGUUAGGUUAUUGAUGUAGAAAAAUAUAGUGCUACAACUAAUGCAUGCUAGUUGAGACUUAGU